AGUUCGUCCACCAGGUGGCGCAGCCCGGGCGGGGUGUGAGAAUCCUCAAUCUAAACACCGCACUCCGCUCUUUCUCCUGCUCGUACCAUGAGCUGAAUUUGUCCGGGGACUCACCAGGGAAACAUGGCGGCCACUGACCAUUCCCGGUCCGAAGCUGCCAAACAACGACGGCAGGAUCAGCUCCAGCGAUGGCUGGGCUCGGAGACGGACCAGACGGGGUUUGAGGGCCGGAAAACCACGGGCGGUUCUGGGACGCGGCGGGCGAAAGUGCAGUUCGCGCAGGGAGCCGUGUUUAUGGCCGCCUGCUCCGCCGGGGACCGGGAGGAGGUGGUGACGCUACUCCGACAAGGAGCUGACAUCAACCACGCCAACGUAGACGGGCUGACAGCGCUUCACCAGGCCUGCAUCGAUGAAAAUGCAGAGAUGGUGCAGUUCCUGGUGGAAAACGGGAGCGACGUCAACAGAGGAGACAAUGAGGGCUGGACUCCUCUUCACGCUGCGGCCUCCUGCGGCUUCAUCCAGAUCACCAAAUACCUGAUAGAUCACGGUGCUAAUGUUGGGGCAGUUAACAGCGAAGGAGAGCUCCCUCUGGAUGUGGCCAACGAAGAUGCCAUGGAGAGACUUCUCAAAGCUGAAAUCAAAAAACAAGGGAUAGACGUGGAUAAAGCCCGGAAGGAGGAGGAGAGGAUCAUGCUUCAGGACGCCAGAGCGCUUCUGGAAGGAGGUGGCUCCCUUACUCCUCACCCGAAUACCAGGGCUACGGCUCUGCACGUGGCCGCAGCCAAAGGUUACAUUGAAGUCCUGAAGGUACUGUUACAGUGUAGGGUGGAUGUGGACUGUAGAGAUAUAGACGGGUGGACCCCUCUGCACGCAGCAGCUCACUGGGGACAGGAGGAGGUGUGCACCCUGCUCGCUGACCACAUGUGCGAUAUGGCUGCCGUCAACAAUGUGGGGCAAACGUCUCUAGAUGUUGCAGACGAGAACCUCGCGGACACCCUGGAGGAGCUACAGAAGAAACAGAACGCUUUACGCAGCGAGAAACAGAAACAGAAUUCUGUUAUUGAGACCAAUCAACCAAUCUCCAUGGUACCAGUCCGCACUCGCAGGACCUCUAUCUCUCGCAUGAGUAGCAAGGAGAAGAUAGGCCUCCAUGAGCGGGAGAAGCACCCACCUCCCGCCCUGCCGAGCAGUCCGGCCGUGGACGAGGAGGAGGAAGGCCAGACGGGGCAGAGCCAGGCAAAAGCCUCUAGCAGCUCCAGCUCAGAGGAGGAGAGCGAGUCUGAGAGCGACACAGAGUCAGAGAAAGCAAAAAACAGAGAAAUCAUAAAUAACUUGAACAAUAAACGAAAUACCACCAGCGGGCUUUCUACCUCCAUGUCAGCGAGUGCCACUGCAAGCCAACUGAAAAAGGAACCAAGCAAGCCUCCAGCCACCGAGUCUCCCGGCUCAUGGAGAACGUCCCUGAGGAAAGCGGGCAGCUCUGUAACUCUGGGCUCAGCCGGGCUCUCAGACUCCAUCCAGGACACGAGCAGGACCACCGAUUCUGGACUCGGAAUGAGCCGCUCCGCCUCCAGCCCCCGUCUCAGCUCUGAAGCCGAGACAAAGGAGCCAAGGCUCGCUCGAGUGCCGCCGACUCCGACACGGAGACUCUUCAGUAUUCCAGAUAAUAGCGCUGACAGUUCCAACAGUUGGCUAAGCCGUAGCUCGUCUUACUCUCGGCGACUUCAUAGUCAGUUAGGGAAUGAGUUCACUAGCUCCACUCCAUCUUUGCUACACAGCUCGUCUUAUGUAAAGAGACUGGAUGAUGCCAGCGUGACCUCAGCAAGUACAGGAACAAGCUCUGCUGGACUCAGUCGCCUUAAUAGUCUUUUAGCUCAGAGAAUUCCUCAGGAACAGAUGGAAAAGAAGGAACCACCCUCCACCAACACCUCAGUCUCUCAAAGCAUGACGACAAGCGAACAGGAGAGCAAACAGAGGCGCAAGUCGUAUCUGACACCCGUACGAGAUGAGGAAGCGGAGGCGCAGAGAAAAGCUCGCUCCCGGCAUGCACGGCAAUCCAGACGCUCCACCCAAGGAGUUACGCUAACAGACUUACAGGAGGCAGAGAAGACCAUAAAGACAGACAGCAAAGGGAGAGAAAAGAACGAGGAAGAAGAGAAGGAAGCUAAACAGAAGAAGGCAGAUGAAGGGGAAGUGAGCUGGAGAUCCCGUAUUGCCAGCCUGCAGAAGUCGGACUUGCUUGGUCUCACACAGCCUGCUGGCUCCGCUCGUCCUCAGACAUCUGAAGGAAAAGAUGUUGAGUCCAUUACAGGAGAGAGCGAGACGGAAAAAUGGGCCAGAGAGCGCAGGGAGAGGAGACAGGCUCGGGCCAGGAGGAAGGCUCAGAGGACCGGGGAGGGUGAAGACAUUGAACCCAGUGGAGACGAUGAAUGCUCAAAAGAAAAAGACACAAGUUCAAGGUUGGACACCUCGUAUAACAACCGCGCCCAGAGAGAAGGAUUGGAGACUAAAGAUUUUAAAAAGUUGUUUGAGGAGGUUUCCAGAGAAAACAGCCAGCUCCAAACUCAGCUGCAGGACACGCAGAGGAUUAUAAAUCAGACCAGGCUGGAGCUGGAGAAGGCAACACAGAGACAAGAGCGCUUCACUGACUGUUCAGCACUACUGGAGCUAGAGAGAAAGGACCGGAGGAUGUUGGAGCGGCGCAUGGCAGAACUGGAGGAGGAACUAAAGGUUCUGGUUGAUCUGAGAGCAGACAACCAACGUCUUAAAGAUGAAAAUGGAGCACUGAUCCGCGUCAUCAGCAAACUCUCCAAAUAGACUGAGAGAGGCGACCACCAGGGAACGCUCCCUCCCCACUCCUUUCAUCCAUCCCACAGUUUCCAUACAUUCCUCUCAGUGCCAAAGAGUGGGGGGGGGGGGAGCAGUGGAAAGUUCUACGCACAUAAGCAUGACAGCUUCACUUGGAUUGUGAUGCCUCUUCAUGAACAGCUGGAGUGUCUUUUGUGUGCCUUAUUGCUCAGUUGCCACAGGAGGACCUGUGACGAUGUACUGUGACCAUUUGUCAGGGAAACUGUGCACGGUCCCGCUGAGUGCAUCCUUCCUUCCCACGAUGCACAUUCCACUGAGCACACAACAUGACUUGUUUCUCCAAGAGUCCACUUUGUAUUUAUUCUUUGUGAACACAUUCACAUCACAUCACACGUUGAGAAAGUUUCCCCUCACCAGGUCCAAAGUGUUUUUGUGUUUUCUUCUUCUGUCACAUAACUCUGGGCUCCACCUUCUGUAUUAAGCCAUGCCAUGAAGGCGGGGGGGCGUCGGUGAAGCUCUGUUGGGUUGUUUUGCUGCCACAUGCAAGUGUUUGAACCCACCUACCUCUCUCCACCUUUGCAUUUCCCUGCAUCUUUUGUUUGAUUUCUGUAAUCACAGACAUGCUACAUGCUCUUAAAGACGAACCAGGUCGGUGGACCACAGCACUUUACUCCCUGCAAAGCAAUAAAGAAAGAUAUGUGAGCCUUUGCCCGGUCUUUCAGAAAAACGACAAUAGUCCACAGUAACAUCAUCACUGAGGAAGUAGCCUAAGACCAUCCAAGUUCAAUGGUUGCAGAAAUUACUAAUUUGUCCAGACCUACUAUGCUAUGAAUGGUUUUUAAUUGGUAUAAUUGGUUCUUUUUUUAUUUUCACCAUUAUUUCCAUUUUCAGUUCCUCUUUUACUAAGAAGCAUGGUUAAAUAUGUAAAUGUAAGUCUAUAAUAUUACUCUUUUGAAGUAAAAUUCUAUAUAGCCUUGCUUCACAUGUUGGUUUUCUAAUAUAUAUUAAGUGGAUCUGUGCACCCUAAUAAAAAGUGUUUUUCAGCCUG